AUUUGGUUAUCACGUUGGCCAUGGUUUCGGAACUUAUAAUAUUUUAGUUAACUACCUAACCGACUUACUUUCACUCUUCUUACUCUUUUUUAUCUACUCUUCCUUUCUUGACGGUAUCCAGUUAGUUGUCUGCCAAGAGUAAUAUAUAAAUCGUGUCUUUAUCUUAGGUACUUAAGCACCUAACUUACCUAGGUACCGACCCAUACUACAUCUUCCGAUUGAACAGAAAGUCUUGGCAGCGUUAGACCCCACCAUCAUCACUGCCGUUGAAGCUUCUCCAACCCCUCCUCUAACAAAGUAAUCAUGGCUACGCGACCGAGUUUGUUUACCAGAGGGCUUUCCUCCCUCUCCCAGAGCACCGAUGCGAACUCGCCGAGUGUCAGCUCGCCCGCCGAGCAGCGAGACGAUGCCAAGCGCAAUCUGUUCAAGACCAUGCGCCCUCUGCCUACCCAGCAUUACUGGAACGUCUAUUUUGAUAGACAAGCCAAAGACCAAAAGAAGGAAGACGAGACCAACUAUCAGGUGUCGCUAGAACAGCUCGGAACCCAGAUCGAGUCGGUCCAGGACUUUUGGCGAUACAACAACAAUACCCCGGUAGACCAGAUCAAGAUGCGCGAGUCUAUCUACUUGUUCAAGAGUGGUUUCAAGCCUAUCUGGGAGGACCGCCGUAACGUGCUGGGUGGCAGCUGGACCUUCCGCGUGCCCAAGAGUUCCGGCCCCGACUUCUGGACCCGCAUCCAGCUGAUGGCUAUCGGCGAGAAGCUACAGGAGGUUUUGGAGGAAGGCGACCAGAUUUGUGGCGUCGGCCUCUCCGUGCGCUUCAACUCGCAUCUGAUUUCCAUCUGGCACCGCGACGCGUCUAAGCAAAAGUCCAUCGACAAUCUACUGCAAGCUGUCUUAGACGACUUACCUCCUGAGUUAACACCCAAGUCCGAUAACUACUUCUACAAGAAGCACUCGGACCACCCCGGCUUUAACCCGCCUCCCGAGCUUAAGGCGGUCAUAGACUCUCAAAAGAGGACCCUGGAGGCGGCCGCCGCUAAGAGCGCUGCUGCCGCGGCCCCUCCGUCGGAGUGAAUACUAGCUUAAUGUGGCGUGUGGGAUAUUAGAAGGAAAGUAACUAGCGAGUUUCUAGCGAGUUUAUUAGACUUCAAUAGCUGUAUAAUUCGCAACGCAUGUACACGUACUACGUGGAUAUUGGAUGGCCCGCCCCCGUGGUACAAGUCAUGCUUUCUCUUUGAGCGCAUGAAGGGGCUGCAUUUUUUUGGCGUUCACAAUGGAUAUGACUAGAUACGAUUGUUGAACCUCUCAGAAUUAUAAAUGCUAUAUGCGAGAGUAGGAAUUUCGUGGGCCAAACUUUUAAUGGGACUUUGGAUCCCGUCGUCCCGUUCUGACUUAAGUAUAAAUGUAGAC